AUGGAUGAUCUGGUCGGUGUUUAUGCAGAAAAACAACAGUGGUACGUCAGUGCACGAGAAAAUCGUGAGGAUAUGCUGAGUUCAAAAAGCAACAGACUGACAGAAGCUUUGGAAGAAGCCAAUAAGCUGUUUAGUGGAGUGUCUUGUGCACGAGAGGCUGCGAUGGAUGCCCAAUUUCUUGUCUUAGCAUCAAAUCUAGGAAAGGAGAAGGCCAAUGAGUUGCACUCUGAGAUGACAGCAUUUGAUUCACUAGCAUUUGCAGAAGACUUGCUGACCUUCAUGGGUAUAAAUCGCGUGGAAGUAGAAGAAAAUGAUAGUGAUUCUGAAAGCAUUUCGGGUGGCUAUUUACCUAGUAAUGCCUGGCAUAAACUGGGAGAAGAAACAGAAAAGUAUUUCAGAAGAGCGCCUUCUUUUCACUAUAUGUUGGGAUCUUUUAAGUCUGAUCCUCCUGUACCAAGGCAACGGAUUGAGAGACAGAGAAAGGCUCCAGGAGGAGAAGCAAAACGGGCAAUGCCUGCUCAGUUGAAAAAAAUGGAGGAGUCUCAUCAGGAAGCUACAGAAAAAGAAGUAGAGAGGAUUUUGGGGUUAUUGCAAACUCAUUUUAAAAAUGAUCCUGAUACACCUAUUUCCUUCUUUGAUCUUGUGAUUGAUCCUAACUCUUUUGCACGCACUGUGGAAAACAUCUUUCAUGUGUCCUUCAUUAUAAGGGAUGGUUUUGCAAGAUUGAAGCUGGAUGAUGAUAAAUUGCCAAUAAUAGAGCCUUCGAAAGACGAUGAAGGAAAGAAGGAUGACUAUAGUGCUGGAGCACGGAACCAGGUCGUCCUAUCUCUGAACCAUCAGGAAUGGCAGGAGAUCGUAGAAACAUAUGAAAUAACAGAACCCAUGAUUAGCCCUCCUUAUAGAAAUGAAGAUGAAAUGGACGUAGCUUAA